CCAACUGCACAAAUGCCCUGCGGAAACCAACAAACCGUGUGAUAUGAUGAUAUCCAUAAUGGAGACAGGACUGAAAGAUUUUGCGGUAGCCUUCCCUAAAGGAUCCCCCUUACGGGAGGGUGUUAAUUUGGCGCUUCUAAAAUUAAGGAAUGAUGGUGAUCUGUACAGGCUUAUACGCAAAUGGUUUUUGCCGCUCUCGUGCUCAAAUCAGCAUCAUGGAAAGGAAAUGUCCUUAAGCCAGAUCGCUGGAUUAUUUUAUAUUCUAUUAGGCGGACUCGGACUGGGCUUGAUAAUCGGUUUUAUUGAAUAUAUUUCGUAUCGUCGUAAAAACAAAAGGCAACCAAUAAAUGCCUCGCCGCCUGGUACCCCAGUAAGGACGCCCAAUAGCCCCGUGAUGCGUAGUAUUAUGAAACCAUCCACACAUCGGUCCCAGAAUGAACGGGAUGCCAUUGACUGGAAUGCUGCUAACUACGCCGUGUAUGGAUCACCAAGCAACCAUGAAUGCCAAGAUGAGACUUCGACGCAUGGCACCUUCAGGCAGGUCUGAUACUCAC